GCACGCUGUUUAGGAAAGGCAGGCGGCAUGGCUUCUAAUGCAAAGCGGAGGGCGCUGGAGCCUGAGCGGCUGCUGGAGAAACAUAAAGAAGAUGAGGAGGACAUGGAAGGCGACGAAUCAGAAGAGUCCGAUGACAUUGAAGAAGAUGAAUCGGAGGAAGAUGAAGAAGUGAACGAGGAAGUUAAUAUUGACUUUGAAGCCUACACAAUAUCUGACGCUGAUUAUGACGGCAUAAAAAAGCUGCUCAAGCAGUUGUUCCUGAAAGCCCAUGUGAAUAUCUCAGAGUUAACAGACCUCCUUAUUCAGCAGAAUCACAUUGGCAGCGCAAUUAAGCAAGCCGAGGGUCAGGACGAUAGUGACGAUGACGAAGAUGAUGAUCAUGUCUUUGGCGUCAUCAGUCUUGUGAAUCUAACUGAGAGAAAGGGCACGGCGUGUGUGGAACAGAUUAAAGAACUGAUUUUGAGUCGCUGCGAGGAGAACUGUGAACAGAGCUUGGUUGAACAGUUUGAUAAAGUUCUAAACGACAACAGCAAGCCCGUGGGUUUCCUCCUCAGCGAGAGAUUCAUUAAUGUACCUGCACAGAUUGCUCUACCCAUGCAUCAGCAGCUCCAGAAAGAAUUGGCAGAUUCUCAGAGAACCAAUAAACCAUGCGGGAAGUGUCAUUACUAUUUAAUUCUAAGCAAAACCUUCAUGGAAGCAACGAAAACAUCCAAGGGGAGCGUUGGCUCCCAAGCCAAGGAGGAGCUGAUGUUUGCCAAUGCAGAAGAUGAGUUUUUCUACGAGAAAGCCCUUGUGAAGUUCAACUACUCUGUGCAGGAGGAGAGCGACACGCAGCUGGGCGGCCGAUGGUCCUUUUCCGACGUGCCCAUGAAACCCUUGAGGACAGCCAUGUUGGUUCCUGCCGAGCGGAUGAAUUCAAUCAUGGACAAGUUCAAAGAAUACCUCUCCGUGUGAACCGUUUCCCCCCUUGUAACAGCUGAGUUUUAUACAACUAUGUACCCAAAAGCGAUAACAUCAUAGAAACCAAUUAAUUUUUAUAAACGCGUUCGUACAGUC